UCAUACUUUCUGCCUCUGUGGCAGCGAUUCAGUUUUCGGUGAAGAGCAAGCUGCCAUCACAUGUAAAAUGAGCCCAGCGGCGAAAGAGACAGACACCCCCAUUGCCGUCAUCUACUCACUGGCCCUGUUGGUGGGCCUCCCACUGAACGUGCUCUCACUAUGGGUCCUCGUCCGUAGACACGGUCUCCGGUCUGCUAACACGGUCAUCAUGACCCAUCUGGCUGUCUCGGAUCUGCUCCUCAUCCUUACCCUGCCUCUUCGCAUCUAUUACUAUGUCUCUUCAUCGUGGCCUUUCGGAGCCGUACUCUGCAAAGUGGCCAUCCUGGUGUUCAGGACUAACAUCUUAUCCAGCUCCUUCUUCAUCACUUUCAUCAGCGUGGACCGCAUGCUGGCAGUGUCGUACCCGUUGCGCUCGCGGACGCUGCGCACCCCGAGAACUUCCUGGAUCGCGUGUGUAGCUGUGUGGCUGCUGGCAGUUAUAUACUGUCUCCCUGAAAUCAACUGUAAACAAGGAAAGGACUCCACUAAAUGCUUUCGCCUCCUGAACAGCAACUCGACCAAUUCCUCCUCUGGAAAAGACACGAUCGGCUCGCCACCAGUCUACGUGUAUAUUCUGGUUAUUUGUCUCGUUCUUUUGUUUGUAAUUAAUCUGACCUCCACGGCAACAGUGAUACGGACUCUCUGCAGGCGUAAGAAUGACCUGAUGGGACACAACAUCAGAAAGGUCUUUUUACUUUUUACUAUGAAUUUGUUGAUGUUUUCCUUCUUCUUCUUACCAUUCAUCAUUGUAACGCUGCUGAGCUGGCAAGAUAAAAUAGACUUGCAAGUUGUAGAGGUCAUCAUUGCUCAUGCAAGCCUGAACUGCUGCCUGGAUCCGAUUGUAUACUACUUCUCUUUUGAUGCUUUCUGGAAAAAAAACUAAAUGUUGACACUUAGAUCAGCCCAAC